AUGCUUGACUUUGACUUCCACCUCACAACACCUCGUCUUUUCAUAUCUCACCUUGAUCCUGAGAAUGAUGCUCAUUGCGAUUUCGCAUACGAGCUAGUGUUUAGCCCAGGUCUCGCUGAGCAGAAGCCCGCAGUCGAUGCGGAAAUGACAGAGAUCACACCCCCUCGCGAUGUUGGGAAGAACUUCAUCGCGAAGGAUAUUGAGAGGAUGGAGCAAACAGGCUAUGGCCGCUACCUGGUCUCGCUCAGACAAAACUCGGCUUUGAACAUCAAUUCACCGCACGAAGACGAAGACGUUCCUUUCUCGAAGCGACGCCUAACGCCAAUUGGCAUCGUCUCAAUGCAACUCGCGCGCUUCCCGUCCGAACCGUCCGCACCAACGAUCCCAGAUGUCGGGUUCACAUUCCUCCCCCGGUACCUCGGAAACGGGUACGCUACUGAAGCUGCUGCGGGCUUGAUGGAGUACUACACAGACGAGAGAGGACUCAAGGAGUUUUGCGGUUUUUGUAAACCGGAGAACACAGCUAGCGCAAACGUCUUGAAGCGGUUGGGCUUCGAGGAGAGAGGUCUAAGGGAGAUAGACGGUGUUGUCGAGGGGGAGGUAUUGAGCGCGUUGGUCUGGACAAUUGGCGUUGGGCAUGAGAAGGGCGCGCUUGAGAAGCGAGGCUUGCAGCGCGUUGUGAAGCCUGACGCGACAUUAUUCCACGAGAUGUCAACACCGGAUGCACUGGCAACAACGCGUCCGGAGAAACGGCGCAGACUUGAGCGCGUCGCAGCGGCCUGCGAUCUGUGCAAGAAAAGAAAGGUAAAGUGCGACGGUGAGCAACCAUGCGCCUAUUGCACUCGGAAGGAUCGCGCGGCUACUUGCACGUUCAGCGGCCCUCAUGCACGCCCGCAAGCGCAUUCUGCCGGUCACACUCCCCUUCACGGUGUCCAUUCCGACGAUAUCCACCGUCAUCACCCCCGUUCAACUGGCCAUACACCUCAUAACCGCGAUCGAGAUGAACAGGACGAUGCUGUGCGACAAAGGCUUGAUCGCGAAGCUGCCGAGGAUGGAACAUCACUCUCGCCAACAUUGAGCAGAGAUGAUCAACAAGGCGAUACAGUGGUGCCUCUUGAGGGUCGCAUCCUCCGUGACGCCCAGGGAAAGUCUAUCUUCAUUGGCGACUGCGCCCCGCUGUCUUUUCUGCAGACAGUCAGGCAUCUCAUCACAUCCGAGGUGGAUCCAAGAGCUACUGUUCAAGCUACACGCGACCCCAUCAUUGAGAUCGCUCGGCCUGAUUCAGCGGAUCAACAUUCAUGUCCUCCUAUUGAUGUGCAUCAGGUCGACGCACUAGUCGACGAGUUCAUGGCUGCAAGUAGUGGCCUCGUUCAGCUCUUCCAACGAGAGGAUCUUGCUCCCGAACUGAAAGCAUGGGCAGGCAGCAGGAAUUCGAGUCCAGACGAUGCUGCAGCUGCCGUCUUCUAUCUGGUCCUUGCGAUCGGCGCCCAAGAGCGAUUCGAGGAAAAGGCAGAAGCCUGGUUCAAUACUGCUCGGGAUGUGCUUUUGAAGCAUAUGUGCAGCAGCAUGAACGUGUCUACUGUUCAAGGCUUUGCCCUCGUAGCCAUCUACAUGCUCCGAGCGUCUCAGCCGAAUGGAGCCUACUUAUACUUCUCCCUGGCUGCGCGUGCCGCAUAUGCAAUCGGCAUACACCGAACGGAAGUUAACGCAUCCUUUGGCGAAACCGUCAAGCUGGUGCGAGACCGGAUUUGGAAGAGCAUUCGCGUCACCGACCAGUUGAUAAGCAACGCAUUAGGCCGACCUCCGUCCACAUCAGAUGUCGAUUGCACCGUCAAAUACAACACUUUUGAAGACAACACCGAAACCGAUGAUGCCAAUAUACUGGAUGCCAGCGUCCAGAUCUUCAUGAUUAUUGAGCGUGUCGUCGUUGAAGUGUACUCUCGCAAACGCAUAUCACUACGCAUUGCAGACUAUGUUUCGCGACAGUUGAAGAGCUGGGCGUCCAAAUGGCUGCAGAAAUUAUCUCAUCUUACGACCAGACCUCAUUCUCGAGAAGCCGUAGUGGGUGCUUGCUCCACACUCUGCUCCUAUUACUACGGCAUCAUGCUACUUACCCGACCUUUCCUCAUCUACGAGUUAUAUGAGUACAUGGGCGCUCCUCUAAAGAGCGGAGGCUCACAAGCUGAUCACCAAGAGAAGCGCAAGUACGCAGAUGCUGCACUUGAUGCCGCGUCGACGUUAGUGGAUACUCUGCUAGUCGUGACGAUUACAAAGCAGUUGCCUCGUAAGAUGCCACUGAUAGUAUCCUGGCUCUUUACGGCUACACUUGUUCUUGCUGUCGGCAUUCUUGGGGACUCGGGACUUAUGUUAGUGGACAGCUGCAAAGAUGCAAUCACUUGCAUGGACUACUUUGGUCAAGUCGACCCUCAUGCCCGGCAAUACUCACAGGUCGCGCAAUCGCUGCUCAAGAUUACCACUGCACAUGCCAAGAAGAGAGAGCUGCAUCUGCGCCGUAAAAGGAAGCAAGCAUCGUCGGAAUUGUUUGGCCUAUUGCCUGGAGAGUCAACUAACAUCGCGGCCCAAGUGGACGAAUGCGACGCACAGCUCGGCCACGGGUCGCUGGUCUCCCGAGACUCCGUUCAGCGCCACGUGUCUUCCGCAGCGCCACUCGAUUGGACUAUAUACGAUGCCGACUUCUUUGCCAUGCCAUGGCCGAGUGAGAACGAUCAGGGUCUCCAGGAUUUCUUGCAGCCGGGCACUCACAACCUUGAUGGCGUAUCCGUGGCUGACAUACCGCUUUUUCCCAUCCACGACCAGCAGAUGGGCGGUGACUUCUUCCCGUAA